UGAUGCUCCUUCAGCAUUUUAUCAUAAUUGGCUUUUUGCUCUCAUUGGCUGUGCUGCUGCUGGUUGCCAUGGAGACAUGUCCAUCAUCAGGGAUGCCUGGAAUCCCAGGUAUUCCUGGACUUCCUGGCAGGGAUGGACGUGAUGGAGUGAAAGGAGACACAGGAGAGCGAGGAGCACAGUGGAGCAGCAGCCUCGGACCUCAGAAGGGUCAAAGGGGUGACCCAGGGCCAAGGGGCCACCAAGGUAAACUGGGUCAAUCAGGAGAACGCGGGAAACCUGGCAGCCUGGGGAACAUAGGCCUUCCAGGAGAUCCAGGAGAGCCUGGGACUGUUGGACUUCAGCAGCAGGCGGCAUUCAGCGUGGCCCGAGGAACCACAGAGUUCCCAGAUAAAGCCAGCCUGAUCGUGUUCAAACAGGUCAUAACAAACAUCAACAACGACUACAACACCAACACGGGGCGCUUCAGGUGUCGAGUCCCAGGAAUGUACUACUUUGUGUUUCAUGCUUCGCUAGAAGAUAAGCUCUGUGUGCUGCUGAAGCUUGACAACAAGCUGCUGACCUCGUUUUGUGAUCAUCGCCGCAUCAAGAGACAUGUGACUUCCGGUGGCCUGGCGGUCUAUGUGUCAAGAGGUCAGGAGGUUUGGCUGGAGACUAAAGACUACCGGGGCAUGACAGGGAGAUACACCGGUUACAGCAUUUUUUCUGGUUUUCUGCUUCAUCCUUACUGA